GCGGCGCGGCGCGAACGCGCGCUCCCGAGUCAGGCGGCUCCCGCGGAGCAGCCUCGCGCCGAGAGAGACGAUGCGGCCGCCGCCGGUGCGAACGCGGCUCCCGCGCGCCCUGAUGCUGUUGGCUGCGCUCCUGGCCGCCGGCCGAGGGCUACCCCUGAGGAAGCGGGCUCCCGGACCCCACGGCCACUCGAGGAUGGUGGAGGCCUCACCUGUCUCAGAUCCCGGCUCUCCCCACGAUAAGGAGGAGACACCAGGAUUUGCUGGAAACCAUCUACGGGCAGAACCAUGCCAGCCCAGGUGUCAGACCCUCCCCGAACCAGCAGCUCUGACUCUGGGUACAGCCACGCCUCCCAGGACCCUGAAGCACACACCCCUGCUGCUGGAGCUGCAGAAGCUGCCAGGAUUGGCCAACACAGACUUGAGUGCCCCAAACCCCAAUAUCCAGGUGACCAUCGAGGUGGUGCAGGACCCCCAGGCUGAGGUGGAGAUGGACCUGCCUCCUGAACCCAGCAGUGUCUGGCCCCUGCAUGCCCCUAGCUGGUGGCCCACCAGGGAGCUCUUCUGGCCCCUCUUCUGGGGUUACCAGGAAGGGGAAGAAGGAGACCCCGGCCUCAAAGACACAGCCCCCGGGGAAGUGGGGGAGGAAGAGGAAAAGGGCUAUGCUGUCGAGUAUGGUGAUGGUGAGAACCAGGAGGGCAGUGAAGAGGAGGAGGAGGAGGAGGAGCCUUGGUCCAGUGGGGCCACAGACAACUGGGACUAUGGCUGGUUGGGUCCUCAGGACUUCACGGAGCCAGACAGUUAUGACUAUGAGCCUCAGGAGGAGUGGAGCUCCUGGUCUCCCUGCAGUGGGAGCUGCAGCAGCGGCAGCCAGCAGAGAACUCGGCCCUGCGGCUACGCCUGUACUGCCACAGAGUCCCGCGUCUGCGACCUGGCCCCCUGUCCUGGCACCGGAGACGAGCACACCUUGGGCUUUCCCAGUGAGGGCUGGCAGCCCCUAGCCCACAAUGCUACGGAAAUGCUUGAUCCAGAUGUGGACAGCUGUGAGAAGUGGCUGAACUGCAAGAGUGAGUUCCUAGCUAGGUACCUGAGCCAAGUGCUCCAGGACCUGCCCAGCUGCCCAUGCGCGUACCCGCUGGAGGCCGUGUACAGGGCUGUGAGCCUGCGGGAUGAGCAUCAGGGUCGCAGCUUCCAGUGGCGGGAUGCCAGCGGCCCGCGGGAGCGCCUGGACAUCUACCAGCCCACAGCGCGCUUCUGCCUUCGCUCCAUGCUGUCGGGGAAGAGCAGCACACUGGCCGCCCAGCACUGCUGCUAUGACGCAGGCAGUCGGCUGCUGACCCGAGGCAAGGGGGCUGGAGCCCCCGACCUCGUCAGCACCGACUUUUCACCUGAGCUGCACUUCAAGGUAGAUAGGUUGCCAUGGAUCCUGUGUAAGGGGGACUGGAGUCGCUACCACACCGUGCGUCCCCCCAACAAUGGCCGGGCCUGCGCAGACAACCCACCGGAGGAAGAGUACCUGGCUCAGCUGCAGGAGGCCAAAGAGUACUGAAGAGGGCUUAGAGAAUGGUCCUUCUGUCCCGCUCUGCCCCGGCUGGGCACUGGGCAAGUGUUAGGGUUCAUCUGAGAGGCCAUCUGGCGGCCUGCACACCCCCUCCUGUGACCCUGAGUCAGGAGAGCCCAGGUAUCUCAAGGAUUGGUGAGAAAGCUGGAGGGUGUGUGAGGGAAUGCGUCCUGUCUGAAGGGGAGGAGCUGUCCCCGUCUGGCUUGGGUCCUUUUCCCUUUCUUGCAGAACAGGGCCCUUCUGCCUCUCCCUCUGCUCAGGGUUGAGACAGGAUGCUCCAGAUGCACCCAAGUUCCCAGGAUCUACUGUGAAUCCCUCGGACCCCCCCCCCACCCACCCACCCACACACCCUAUGGCCCGUUGAGGCAGAGCAUGGGGGCGGGGGAGACACACAGUUCAUUCAUCUGACCCUACAGCUGCUCUCUGCUGGGGUUAGCAGAACCAGGGUGACCACCCCUCCUUGUCUAUGGGUGGCGCACAGCCUCUUCUGCCUCGUCCCAUGCUGUGAGGUCGUGGGGGCUUGAGAGGACAGCUGAGCCGAGGCGGGCAUUGAUUUGAGGCAGGGACCCACCAGCUGUUUCUGGUCAUUCUCCUUGGUUCAGUCCCCAGAUGGAAGGAAAUGUGCAGGAUGCCACUGCCAUGGCAGCCAGGCGUCGGGUGGGCUCAGGAGGGUGUCAUGCGGCAGUAGUAGUUUUUAAGCCAGGAAUAUGACGGGACAGACAGUCCCAACGUUCCAUGUGUGGUGUCAGUACCCACAGCAGCGGCCCACCUAAAGCUCCCUCAUGGCGCCACCGGAAGCACUGGAAUUGGCCUUGGGGUCCGGAGAUGCGCCCUUUGGCUCCCAACACACCUGUGCCUCUUCUCAUCCCCCCCCCCAACCCCGCACUUCUUUGUCUUCUCUGGAGCUGAAAUGUUUGAAGCCCCAAUGUUUUUGUCUCCAUUCACAAAUCCCCCCAAAAGGACUUGGCAGGGGACUUGAGUUCCAGCCCCCUCCACAGCUGUCUGGAAGCUGUCCUAGAAUCCUCAGCAGUAAAGCACUUUAUUUUCACACACUGUUUGAGAAAGGAUUUGGGGCCCGGAAGAAGGGAGGGUGUAGAGGCCCUUGCUUAUCACCCAGGUCAAACUCCUCUUGGCUGGGCUUGCGAUAACCAAGCCAACUCCUUUUCCUAAAGCAGCUGCCCUUGGGGCUUUCUGAAUGCAGGGACCAGACUCUCACCAUUAGGUAUGCCUGCUCACACCCAGAACAGGCCUCCUUGGAGCCUGUCUAGCAGCUGGCUAGACCCAGAGGCCCAGAACUCCAAAUCUACGAUGCACAGGUAAACCACAUUUACUCUGCAGGGAAGUGGUACCUCUCUUCUCCAAGAGAUUAGCUUGGAGGGGGUCCAACCUGACACAAGAGGUGCACCUGUACUUUCCCGUAGCCUGUGCCCUUAUCAGACACCCACUGUCAUCCCUAACAUUUCGUGGAAAGGCAGAGAGUUAUGGCAGGUUAUAUCAGUCUGGGUCCAAACAACAAUCUAAAUAUGUUCCGGUGUGAGUAGAACAUUAGUGGGUCAAAACAGAGGGUCUCGGGUCAUCAGGCAGGAGCCAGGUUCCCUCCUCUCUGUUCCCU